AUGCCGGAGACUUUUAUCAUAAAAUGCACAAUAUUCCUCUUGUUGUUCGGAACAACACAGACAUCAGAGUUCGGAGUAACGUUGGGAGAUGCUGCGAUCUCUCAGCUGAUUCGACACACGGCGUCACAGUUUUUGGAAGAGACGCGAGUCGCUAAUAUUCUUCUCAAAUCAAACGAAGAACCAUCAUUCGGCUCGUUGGCUCAUCUGAAACUCUUCAACACCGUCUCCUAUCGAAACGUCUCCGUUCAAUUCCGACCGAAAGUCGUCCAUGUCUUCUUUGAAAACUUGAAUAUCACAUCGCAUGCGAAUCUCUCUGACGUCAUCUGGCCUAUUCCGUUCGCCGAUUCUUUGGUGGAUUCACAUGUAAAAGUGCCACGUGGACAUUUGAGAUUCAUUGUCGACGAUCAGAAGGUGACACUGUCGAAAUGUGCACUGUUCAAUCCGGAUAUCGCAUUCCAGUUGAGAGAUUCUUGGCUCGUUAAUAAGGGAAUAUCCGCUUUCGGAUCGAUGGUCUCCUCGUUUUUCGAAGGCGCUCUGUGCUCUGCUCUCUCCUCUUCCACCAACGACUUGAAGCACAAAACGGAGAGGAAAUUCCCGAUUUAUGAGUUCUUGCCGAAGAAGGUUCAAGAUCAUAUGGCCGCCAGAAACACCACUUUGUUCUAUAGAGUGAAUUCGAUCGACGCCGACGACCAUCAACUGACAGUCCGUGCUCAAAUCGAAUGGCAAAAGCUAGUUCCAGCGGUAUCUGAUGAGACAUCGAACCUUCUUUCUGGCCAACAAGAGGAACAUUCGAAUGCAACCAAAUUGUUGGAUAUGGAAAUGAAGAAUGGGGAUUUGAUAACGAUUUGGUUGGAAGAUGCGAUUCUGAAUGAGAUUUUAGAUCAAAUCGAUUGGAAUUUCGAAUGGAUGGAUGAACAGAUUCCAGUCUCCAGUCCGAUCAUUCCACCAGAUUCUAGAGAAUUCUUGUCGACUUUAUGUACGGAAUGUUACUUCCAAGUGAAUGUGAACGCGAAGGGAAGGCCGACAAUAUCGGCUACAAAUUCUUCGUUGCAGUUAACGAAAACCGAUCGUAUCCAUUUGCAAGUUGUCAACCCAGAACAAAAGAAAACGACUGUCUUCGUCUCGCUUGUGCUCACAAUUCAAGCUGAACUCCGCCCAUCAUUCGACAAUGGAACUCUCCGAACCAACGUGGAACUUCUGGAUACCCAUAUCGAAAUGGAAAAGGGAGCGUUCCCAAAGACAUGGGGAUUCUUCAUGAGUGAUUUGAUUCGUGGAAUGAUUAUGGAUAUGAUGUGGCCGGAAAUCAAAAGUGCUAUUGAGGAUUUGACCUAUGGAAAAGGGCUGAAACUGAGCAAGUUUUGCGGAAUUGAUCCGAAUAAUGUGGUUAUUGAUAUAGCCGAAGGAAGUUUCUCGCUCUCCACUCGCCUAGUCCUCCCAAUGUUUCAGUCUGAAGCCUGUCUGAAAGAUCUCAAGAGCUCCAUUCCGAACACGUCGAAACUGCUUCAGAAGACCACCCCCUCGCCCUUCUCCAGAAGGCGCCGAAGCUUCUUCUAA